GACGAAAGCGGAAGCAGCCCUAACCUAGUUCCCACUCCAAAACAAGUGAUGUAGCAGAGGACAGUCAAAUAUUUCGUUUUUCCAGAGUUUAUUCGUAUGUUUGUAAGAUUACGGUUGGAUGCUGAUCGAGAAACAUUGCUGCACUGUAAAAAAGAGAGCUUCUACUACACUUCAUUGAUUCUAAAAUGAAGAUUCCCUGUUUUCCAUUUGUCAGAGCUCUCAGGUCGGUACGUAAAAUACAGCAAAACCAGUGUUCGCUGUCUCUAAGAAAGAAUCAGAUGCGUUUUAGCUCCAACGUUAAUCAAGAUGAGAAAAGCUUCUACACCACUACGCCUAUUUUCUAUGUAAAUGCCUCACCACAUAUUGGACACUUGUACUCAGCUGUCCUAGCAGAUUGUCUAAGCAGAUAUAAACAGCUGAGGGGAUUCAAGAUAAAAUGUUCUACAGGUACUGAUGAACAUGGCUUGAAAAUUCAACAAGCUGCUGAGACUGCUGGGGAGGACCCUCAUGUAUUCUGCACCAAGGUGUCAGAGAAGUUCAAACAUCUUUUUGAUACCUGCAGCAUAUCAUACACAGACUACAUUAGAACCACAGAGCAAAGACACCGCGUAGCUGUGGAGCACAUGUGGUCAGUGCUCAGGGACAAAGGGCUCAUUUACAAAGGCAGCUAUGAAGGCUGGUACUCCACGCAAGAUGAAAGCUUCCUCACAGCAUCGCAGGUUGGAGAUGCUGUAGAUUCUUCAGGAAAAAAUGUUAAGAUUUCCCUGGAGAGUGGCCAUAAGGUGGAGUGGAUGAAAGAGGAGAACUACAUGUUUCGUCUUUCUAUGUUCAGACAUCAACUUUUGGACUGGUUGAAAGAAAAUCCAAAUGCUAUACGACCUGAACGGUUUUAUCAAGAUGUUGUCCAGUGGCUCCAAGAAGAUCUCCCUGACCUAUCAGUGUCUCGUCAGAAAAGUCGCCUCCAGUGGGGUAUCCCUGUGCCUGGUGAUCCUAACCAAACAAUCUAUGUGUGGCUUGAUGCUUUAGUGAACUAUCUAACUGUUGCUGGAUACCCUGGACAUUACCAGCAGUGGUGGAAUGUCACUCAUCACGUUAUUGGAAAGGACAUACUGAAAUUUCAUGCAGUCUACUGGCCAGCUUUUCUGCUAGGGGCUGGACUACCUCUGCCACAAAUGAUAUAUGUGCACUCACACUGGACAGUCGGAGGCAAAAAGAUGUCUAAAAGUCUUGGUAAUGUGGUUGAUCCUCUUGACAGAUCAAAUGUGUUUACUACUGAUGGUAUGAGAUAUUUUCUUUUACGCCAAGGUGUCCCUGAUUCAGAUUGUGACUAUACAGAUGAUAAAGUGAUAAAGUUGCUAAAUGCUGAGCUGGCCGAUUCUCUUGGUGGUCUGCUGAAUCGAUGCACAGCCCCUGCAUUAAAUCCAGCACAACUACACCCCAUGUUCUGCCCAAAAUCAUUUCCCUUUGAUCCUACAGAGCAAAGCAGGGCCAUCUCUGAAGAUUACCAAAUGUUGAGUGCAGUAGGAAACUUGCCCUCUAUAGUGGAGAACUAUUAUGAGGACAUGCAUGUGUACAAAGCAUUGGAGGCAAUCAAUGCAUGUGUGAGGCAGACAAAUGGCUUUGUGCAGCGCCAUGCACCCUGGAAGUUGAGCAGACAAAACAUGGAAGAAAAACACUGGCAGGACACCAUCAUACAUGUGGCACUUGAAUGUCUGAGGAUUUAUGGCACGCUUCUUCAGCCAGUGGUUCCCCAAAUCUCAAACAAGCUCCUCUCCAAAUUAGGCGUGAAGCCAAGUGAGAGAAGUUGGCCCGCGCUGAACUUCCUGCCUCGAUUUCAUGGAAUGGAAAGUCCAUUUGAAGGGAGAACUCUUGGUACAGAUACUGAGGUGCUUUUUAACCGUUUAGAAAGGUUUUCUGUUAAGGGAACAAAACCUAAAAAAUGCAAAAACACAUCAAAGUGUGUCUAAG